AUGGCCUGGUGGUACAAGCUGUCUCAGAGCCUGUUGAUCCGAGACCCAAUGCUCCGAUACCGCUUGCCAGAUGAAGCAGCCACUGAGGUUAAGCCGGGGUUCAAACGACACCCAGAUCAAAAAAGGCACUGCCACCCAGGCCAGGGGUUAGCAGGCUGGGCUGGGGGUCAGUGUUGGUACACAGCCAAGCCUGGCUCUGAAUCCAACCACCGGGAGACCAGAGGAGGCUGUAGACCAGGCUGCCAUCCAUCCCCAGAGACAGGAAAAGAUAUCAGCUUCGCCUGGGGCAAGGGAGUGGACGUGCGUGUGACGAACCGCCUGCGGGUCCCGCUAACACCAGACAACUUGCAGUCGCUUUCCUUCAGCAUUCCGGGCCUUCACACGCGACUCAACACAACACUCAAACAUGUAGGCCUGUUUCACUAUGGCCAUUUACUGGUGUACAACCUGCCAUCAGUGCCUGCCGACAAACCAGACGAAGACAGCGGGGUGUCCCUCGCUCCUCCAAUGAGCUGCUUUUAUUUGGGAGAGGACGGUGGAGAGGUACUGGGCUCAGCACGAGAUGAUGCGCACGUGGGGAUUGUCUCAAAUUCUGUCUCAUCGGAGGGCGACUGCUUGUAUUCAGCAGGACAACCUGAAGAUUCUCCAUUAAUGGACUCUCCAGAUUUGAGAGGCAGUGACGAGCAGUCUCUGUGCAGCGGUUCAGAGAAUUUCUACACAUGUCCAUCUGCAGCAUCUCUGGACUCCGUUCCGUCCCCUUGGAGUGCGCAUUGGGCGUCAGCCAUCAGGUCCCCGCAUUAUGGGUCAGGGUCAUCCUCAAACCUGCCGAGCUCCACACCGACCAGCAAAGACAAUAGUGACAGUAAUGAGCUGCUGUCGGUGGAGUUCAAAGGGAGGCGCUACAUGCGGGUCCUGUCCCGGGUCAAGCCUAGGACGGAUGAAGACGUGGAGGCCAGUUGGACGGUGACAGACUUCACGAAGCGCGGGGAGCCCGUGUUCUCUCUGCGGCUUGACUUCAUGCGGCCCCGGCCACCCUUACCCCGGUGGAUGGAGGGCAUAGCAGAGAAUUACUGGUGAUGAUGAUGGGCUUGACAAGAACUGAACAGUACAUGUCAAUUUUUUACUGAUCUGCCUCCAAUGUUGAGGAACAUCUGACCAAUUCCUACUGUCAAAUAAACAAACUCCAAUUAAACCUA